AUUAUUCGAGUCCCAGCUGGAGAUAGCCAAGAUCGCGGAGAUGAUCCACACGGCCUCCUUGGUCCACGAUGACGUCAUCGACGCCUCUGAUACCCGCCGCGGGAAACCCUCCGUGAAUUCUCUCUACGGGCAGCGCAAGGCCGUGAUGGCCGGAGACUACAUCCUGUCCGUGGCCUCCGCGAUGCUGGCCAGGAUGCGCAACGAGGAGGUCAUCGUGAUACUGUGUCAGGUGCUGAGCGACCUGGUCCAGGGCGAGUUCAUGCAGCUGGGCUCGAAGGAGAACGAGAACGAGAGAUUCGCGCAUUACCUCAGGAAGAGCUUCAAGAAAACGGCGUCGCUCUUGGCGUACUCCUGCAAGGCGGUGGCUCUGUUGUCAGGUGCGGAUGAUGAUCUACAGGAAGUGGCCUUCCAGUAUGGCCGAAAUGUUGGUAUUGCUUUCCAGCUUCUUGAUGAUCUACUUGACUUCGUGGCUUCCUCCAACCAUAUGGGCAAACCAACGGUCAUAGACCUGAAGAUGGGACUAGCCACAGCACCUGUUUUAUUUGCUUGCGAGAAGUUCCCAGAACUAAAUCCAAUGAUCAUGAGGAGAUUCCAAGAACCUGGAGAUGUACAGAAGGCAUUUGAGUUUGUCCACAAGAGUGAUGGAUUAGAACAAACUCAGUUUUUGGCUCGGCAGCAUUGUGAUGAGGCAGUCAGAGUCAUUAGUUCCCUCAAACCAUCGAUAGAACAAAAAGCACUCAUCACCAUAACAGACAAAUUGCUCAACCGCUCGAAAUAGUGAAUAUCCACUGAAAUCAAUAGAACUUUUGUUGCUAAUUUACUUAUGCACAGAAUCUGGCAGAUACAAGCAAGUUCAGAAUUAUCAAAUAGCCUGGUGAAGCCUAGUGGUAACCUUUCACUGCCUUUUUCAUUUGUACUAUCAUUGUUGUUAAUUUUUCAAAUUGUAUGUGUGUCCUAUAUUAUUAUUUCUAUUGUUUGUAGUUGAUGGUAAUGCAGGGACACAACUAGAAUUUUUUGUAUUAUAUGUGGUUGCUGUAGGUACACUACCAAGCUUUUUAAAGUUGAUAGGCUGUAAGUAGGAAAUUAAGAAAAAAUAUCAGUUUAAAAGCAUUUAUAUUUUUACUUCCACUCAGCAUGUUUGGUACAAAAUACUAAACUAGAUAGCCAUCAUUUCCAUUUGAAUCUACCAAUUUUGGCUAAAGAAGUGACUGUAUCUUUACUGAUUGCUGAUUCCAGAAAUUCUAUAUUUUUUCUGAAAGACUGGAAGUGUUGCUAGGUCCACAUAUUUUGUGUUUAAACUGAGAGCUGUCUGUUAAUAGUUACCAUGCAUUGGCAGUCACAAAAAACUUACAGGGACCCAGAGCUUGUUAUCAUGUCACCAUUAGAAGAUUAGUAGAUCUGACAUAUCUGAAAGCCAGAUUUUGACUGUGUGGUAGUAUCAUGAUGAUCAGUCUUGUAGAUGACCUAAGUAUUUAAUUGAAGUAUUUAUUCUUUUAAUUCAUAUUGGCACUAAGGGCAGGCAGGAAGAAAUGGCUCCCAGUGUUCUACUACAGCUUUACUUUUCUUCAAGACUCCAUACAUGGAGUUUCAUUGUUAACUACCUUGUUACCUCUAGUUAGUGUCUUUUUACCUGCUUGUCCUCAUAGGCCUCUAUUUUGUAAUUAUAAAAGAAAUCAAGGUGUACAUAUGUUUUGUUUCUUAAUGUAUUUUAUGAAUUUGCAUCAGUGAUAUUAACUGAAAUUUACGUUGAAUUAUCCAUCAUACAAGACACUUGAAGAUUUAUGUGCAAAAAUGGAUGGAUAUUUGUGUGAUGGCGAGAGUGGUUCUGGGUGUCGGGAUCCAGUGCCUUAAUGGCUCCUGUCCUGUCUGGCAACUAACAGAUUUCGUAUGCAGAAAUAUGUCUUCAUGGACCUCUUUUUUUUUUUGUAAUAUAAUAAUAGAUAAAAUUUAAAACCAGUCCUCUAUGACUGUUUGAUGUACUUAAGCUUUAAUAAUCUCAUGAACUUUAGAUUUACUUUGGAAAUUGCUUGUAAUUAUUUUAUUUUACUUUAUAAACACCAAGAAUUUUUUAAUUAUCUGCAUAAAUUGGAAAUUCAUACAAAAUCUGCUAGUUGGUUGUACAUUGUACAUGCCAUCUGUUGUCUUCUGUUGCUCAAAGUAGAUGUGGUUCAUGGCAGCACACAACUGGUGCAUGUUUUCCAAUGAUAGCUGUAUAUAUUGUGUUGUUUGCUUCUCAGUUAAGAGAUAGAUUAGAUAUAUUUAUUUGAUAUUUAUCCGGUGUGAGUGUAACUGGUCUGAAGGUUUUACCAGUGAGGUCUUUUGGUUUAGAUUUUUUGUUAAAAUCAAAACUAAAAGACAAUAAGAAUGUUAAACUUAGGUAGUGUACACAUGUACAUGUCAGAGUAGUUGUGUGCAGUCUGAACUUGCAACUCGUCUCAGCUCUCCCGCCACCCCACAUGAAACUGUUGUUGAAGUACCAUCAAAAUGAUUGCUAUUUAAUGGAAAAUAUUAGUAGUAAAAUUAUGCCCUACUAGCAACUUGAUAGAGUAAAGGUCAGAAUAACUUUGUUUAUAUCAUCUAUUUUUGAACUUACAUUAUGGUAAAGACAUCUAUAAUAAUAUGGUUUUACCUUACAGCAUUCCAUAUAGCAACAUAGCAAAAAUUUUGCAUGGUACUGUUGUAUAUUAAUUAAUCAGAGUUUAUUUUUUCGUAUAGUUGCAGAGGUAGAGGUUGUGGGACUAGUGUAUACUUGGCUAAUUUUUACAGAGCUUGAGCUGGUCAUUAGCAGUUUCCAAAGAUCUUUCUUGCAAUAUUAUCUUAAUCAUGUAUAGCUGAGUAUGUUUGCACACUCUUACUCGUAUAUAUAUUUGUAUAUGUAUAUUAAUGAAUAAGAUAGGUAGUCAAUCAAGUUUUUGUCAAUGGAUAGUUUUCCUUUUUUUGUUAUCUUCCUCAUAUCUUGUAAAAUGAUUAAUACCAGUGGAUAUUUUUUUUUUUUUUAGCUCAUAUAGCUUUCUGAGUUAAAUGAGUUUGGGUUCUGCUAAGUCACAAACUAAAUGGGUGCUUUCUCUGUUUUGCUUCUGUAAGUAUGCCAAACUGUUAUCAUGUUGCAUAUAUUGAUUGCUUUGUUAAUAUUGCAUUCAGUACAUUUCUUCUUGUAUGUUUUCCUAACAUUUAUUAGGUUUAGCUAUUCAUUAUAAUUGAUUUAUCAGUUAUUCUGAUAAAGAUAUCAAAUUAUAUAGUUUUUAUAUCUAUAUAUUUUUUGUUUACACUUAUUAAGGAGUGUACAAAGGAUGUUUAUCACUGAACUGAAACUUGUAUUGCAUAUCGUUGCUUGAAUAAUUACAUCAGGUCAUUUGAUAUUUCUAUUUGAGGCUGUCUUCACUUGAAAAUAAAAUUUUAUUGGGUGAUGUGGAUUAAUUCCCAUGCUCUUACUCUAAUAUAUAUUAUUAUUAUUAUUAUUAUCAUGUAUGAAGAUUCCCAUCUAUGAAAAAUACAAGUAAUCCAAAAAAUAAAAGUGAUGGCUAAAUCUAAAUCAAAAGAGCCUCACAGUAUCAGAAUGGGCUGCUGUAAGAGAGUUCAGUAAUAAUCUACAAUUCUUUUUUGGAAGUAAUAUUUUUAGUGUCCUGUUCCAUAAUGUCAUAAAAGGCUGUUUGUACUUUUAUAUACAUUUUUAUUUAUGCAUUUUUUAGUUUAGUCAGAUAUGUUGAAUAGGUAAUAAUAUAUUGCAAAAUAUAAGUGGAGAAAAUCAGGUAACGGUGCACAACUGUAGUGUAAAGAUAGUACUUAGUAAUAGUGAUACCUUAAAGCAUAAAUGUUUAUGUGCGGGUUUGAACACAUAGUUGUAGCAUCCUUAAGAUUAUAAAGGAUACAGAUAGACCAGCACUUGAAUCAUGAAAUUUGUUAGAGUAUUUUUCUUAGUAUAUGCUUAAAAGUGAAAAGAAAUCUUAAUUAGUAUGAAAGAUUUAUUGAUUUUGGGUUAGUGUAAUACUCAAGACCACAAUGGUGUAUUUUAGCAUAAUGACCAAACCUAGGAUAACUUCCUAAUGUAGUAUAGAAGAUGCCGAUGAAGGAAGUUUGUUUGUAAAUAAAGAAGAUUGUGGAUAAAUGAUAUGGAGCUCUUGUGACCUCAGUCUUUCUUGCCAUCAGUGAAGGAGAAACAUUGCCUGACUGGCCAGCCAAGCCCUGUGCAGAAUAUAAACAUUGUUAAUAAAACAAUAUUCUUGUAAA